AUGUAUGCGCUCCAUGUGAAAGUAAAGAAAGCCAAUCAUCUGAAAAACAAGGAAAUAUCGGGAAAAAGUGAUCCAUAUGUGAUUGUAGAUUUCCAAGGUGUGAAACAGAAGACUAAAGUGAUAGAAGACGAACUAGAUCCAAUAUGGAACGAGACUGUAACAGUCGAUUUAAAAGGGAAACCUUUAGUUCCUUCGGACAAAAUACUUCUCAGAGUAAUGGAUUUCGAUAAAGUCACACCAGACAAAUUCCUUGGACAAGUGAUAAUUCCUCUACAAGCUGUAUUAUCAACAAGUGAUGAGGUACCAAUUUGUGUGGCAUUACAGAAUAAGAAAGGCCAAGAUAGUACGUCAACGAUAGAAGUUUCACUACGCUACCAAACUCCUCCAAAAGCUCCAGGAGCCUUAGCAAGUAAUGAGAUAGAACAAACGACUGGUGAUGACGAAAGAGGAGAUGCUGGUGGUGGUGCAGGCGGUGCAGGUGGAGGUGGAGGUCCUGGUGGCGGUGGCGGGGAUGCUGGCCUAGAUGCUAGUCAACUGGCUGAUGGUGAUGCUGGAGUGAAACGUAAGAAGAGGCUAGGGUUUACCGGUGGUCUAGCAGUUCGUCCACAAUAUUCAACUAAAAAACAAGAUUUUCAGAUCCGUGUUAAAGUUGUUGAAGCACGUCAACUACAAGGUGCCAAUAUCUCACCAAUAUGUAAAGUAACCUGUUGGAAAGAAAGCAAAGAUACACGUGUACGCAGUUGUACGAAUUCACCAUUUUGGGAUCAAAUCUUCUUCUUCAAUUAUUUUAAUUCAGCUGCUGAACUAUUAGAUCAACAACUUGUUUUCACUGUAUACGAUUCACGUCGACUUCGACGAGAUUCAUUGAUUGGUUCAUUUAAAUUUGAUUUAUCACUUGUUUAUGAAUCUGAACGUCAUUCAAUGAUUAAUAAAUGGUUAUUAUUGUGUAAUCCAGAAGAUCCAAUGUCUGGUGCAAGAGGUUAUUUGAAAAUAUCAGUUGUUAUCCUAGAACCUGGUGAUGAAGCACCUAGUAUGAAAGUCACUGAAGCAGAUGAAAAAGAAGAUAUCGAAGGAAAUCUUCUACGUCCAGCUGGUGUACAAUUGAGGCCAGCAAUUUUUAAAAUACUACUAUAUAUGGCUGAAGAUUUACCAAGAAUGGAUUCUGAUGCAUUUAAAGGAAUCAAGAAUUUAAUUAGUAAAUCAGAUGAGGAAAAAGAAUUUGUUGAUCCUUACGCAAUGGUUUCAUUUGCUGGAAAAUCUAUUAAAUCAAGUACAAAAUAUGGUACAGAUCAUCCUGAAUGGAAUGAAGAAAUUACCAUGAAUAUACAGUUUCCAUCCAUGUGCGAGAAACUGAAAUUCACCUUUUACGAUUGGGAUCGUAUUGGUUAUGAUGAUCCUAUAGGAACAGGGAUAAUUUCUAUAUCACAAAUAUCAGCUUUUCGUGAUGACACUAGCGGAUUUUUGCCAACAUUUGGUCCAAGUUUUGUUAAUCUUUAUGGUUCACCAAGAGAAUACAGUGAUCUACCAGAUAAAUAUGAAGCAUUAAAUCUAGGCAAAGGACAAGGUGUAGCCUAUCGUGGUCGUGUUCUCCUGGAAUUAUCAACUGAAUUAUUAGAUGAACCAACUGCUGAUGUUGUAAAACCAUUGGAACCGGAUACAAUAGCUAGAAUACAGAAAUCUUUACGACGCAGAAAAUAUCAAUUAUAUGUAGCCUUUCUAUCAGCUACAAUGAUUGAAGAGAAACGUGAUGGACCAAUUGAAUUUGAAGUUAGCAUUGGAAAUCAUGGCAAUAAAUUGGAUGAAUCAGUUACACCGUGUGCAUCGACUACACCGCCAACAAAUCCUGUCUCUGAUGGGCUACAUUAUUAUUACUUACCAUGGAGUGAAGAUAAACCUUGUACAAUGGUUGAUUCACAAUGGGAGGAUAUAUCAUUCCGUUUAGGUGCAGUUAAUCUGUUAUUAAGAAUUGCUGAUCAUUUGGCUAAAGGAAUUAAUCAUAUAACGCUUGCUAUAAAAGCCAAUCUACCGAUUGAAACUCAAGCACAGCUGGCUAUCUCAUCAUUGGAUGAAUUUAUUAUGGACUGCAAUCGAGGUCUACCACAAUGGGAACCAGAAAAUAUACCACAGAAUGAUAUGGAUAUACAUUUGCGUAAAUUACGUGAAGAUCAACUGAAUGCACUACGUGAACAAGCAUUGAAUACACGUGAAACUGUUUCGGAAAUUGAAGAUGCUUUGAAAGAAUUAAAGUCAUACAGAGAUAGUAUUCUAAAAUUAGCUGUUGAACCUCAAAUGAGUAUACCAGAUAUAAUUAUAUGGAUGUUAUGCGGAGGUAAACGUAUUGCCUAUCAUAGAAUACCUGCACAUGAAGUAUUAUAUCACACUAAUGAAGAUUAUCGUGGCAUGGAAUGUGGUAUACCACAAACAAUCAAUUUAAAAAAACCUGUUUUACUUAAAGAUGAAAAUAAAGUCGAGUGGAAAAUUCCAGCUCAAAUACGUGCUGUCAUCUGGUUCGGAUUAGAGAAGGAUAGAGCUGCUUGGACUGAAUCACAUGCUGAAUCAAAACUUCAAGUUGUCGCAGAAACGUAUGAAAAUCAAGCAUCUAUUGUUGGCAGUUGGGUGACUAAACGACCACCAUUAACUCGUCCAGCAUGGUCAGAUAAUACUGGUCGUAUUGAAUUAACUAAAGAAUCGAUUCAACUACCAAGUGGUUGGGAAUGGAUUGGUGAUUGGUAUGUUAGUCCAGAAGUUUCAUUAUUAUAUAAAAAAGAUGCAGGUAAAACAAGUUUUGUUGAAGAAUUAUUUUACAAUGAAUCUCGUACUCCAACAAGUCCAUGGAAAGCAUCUGAACCACCAUAUACAGAUGCACAAGGUGAACCAAAAUGUGAACCAAAUUAUGUUGAAUUACCAGCUGGUUGGACAUGGGGUGAUGAAUGGAAAAUUGAUUUUAAUCGUCCAUGUGAUGAAGAUGGUUUUGAGUAUACAAUUGAAGCAACUACUGGGGGUUAUGUAGCCUCUGAAAAGCUAUAUCAUAUGUUCCGUAGACGUCGAUUAAUACGUACACGUAUACUUGGUGAAAUUGGUGUACCUGUCAAACAAGAGAGAAGUUUAAGUUCAGAACCCGCUGAAUCUUGGGAAUAUGCCUUCAAUUUCGACUCGAAAUUUCAUACAAAAGAACGUAAAAUGGAUAUGGUACGAAGGAGACGCUGGCAUCGUGCAUUAGCUCCAAUUGAAUCAAGUACAGAAACGACUAUGUGUCUUUUACAAAUAAGAAAUAAUUCAAAACAGGCGGAGAGUAGUUUGAAGUUGAAAAAAAAAGAGAAUCUCACUGUACCAAGAGUAUUUAUGCGUUUUCGAACAUCCCAUAUAUGGCAUUUACGAGCUUAUAUUUUUCAAGCCCGCAGUAUUUUAGCAGCUGAUAACUCUGGAUUAUCUGAUGCGUAUGUACGAUGUUCAUUUCAAGGUUAUAGUCAAGAGACACAGAUUAUUCAACAAUCGCUAUGUCCAACAUGGGAUGAGACAUUGAUAUAUGAACAAAUUGACAUGUGUGGUGAUCCAAAGUCUAUAGAAUACAGUCCACCACCCGUUAUUCUUGAAUUAUUCGAUUAUGAUCAGUUGAGUUCAGAUCAUUUCUUAGGUAGAUUACAGAUUACACCAGUUGUUCGUUUAGAUCCAGAAACAUCCUGGAGAAAUAUACUUCAAUGGUAUACAAUUGAAAAACAAGGCAAAAAAGCUGGAGAUAUAUUAGCUGCAUUUGAAUUAAUUUUGCUUGAUGGUAAAACUCCACCACCACCACCUACACGUCGUGGAACAUUAUUCAAUGUUCCUGAAGGUAUACGUCCAGUACUUCAACGUACUGGUAUAGAAAUUCUUUGCUGGGGUGUUAGAUCAAUGCGUAAAUAUAAACUAUCCAGUGUUAAUUCACCAUCAGUAGAAUUUGAAAUUGGCGGUAAAGUGGUUGAAUCAACAAUUAUUAAAAGUGUUAAAAAGAAUCCAAAUUUUUCAUUACCAUUAUUAUUUUUGGAUGUUUUAUUACCAAAAGAAGAAAUCUAUUUACCACCAAUGAAUAUUUGUGUACGUGAUCAUCGCGCUUUUGGUCAAAAACCAAUUGUUGGUGUACAUGUAUUAACAGAUUUUCAAGAGUUUAAAGUACUUCCAAGAACAUCACAAACAGAUAUAUUGAUGGAUAUACAAACUUUAACUGAUAGUUCUCCAUUGACACAAGAACCCAGUUUAACCGAUCCCAGUGUAGUAAUACAUUCACCAAGUAAAGCAAAACAGAAGAAAAAAUAUAUGGAUCUUAAACAAAUUGAUGAUAAAGUUGACUGGUGGUCGAAAUUUUAUGCAUCAGUUGGUGAAUGGGAUAAAUGUCUAAAGUAUAAAGAAUUUGGUUAUGAUACAAUAUGUGUCUAUCCUCAUCCAUUGGAAGAUGUUGAAGGUUAUCAGGGUUUUACAGAUUUUUGUAAUACAUUUACCUUAACAAGAGGUAAAAAUGUUGACGCAGAUGAAGAUAAUUAUGCUGGAGAAUUUAAAGGCACAUUUCGAAUUUAUGCCUUACCAGAAGAUCCAAAAGAACAGCUACCAUUACGUUAUUUUGAGAAAUUAAGUGUAUCCUCAGAACCAGAAGAAUGUGUUCUACGCGUUUAUGUUAUACGUGCAAUUGACUUACAACCAGCUGAUGCUUCAGGACUUGCUGAUCCAUAUGUUGAAAUUGCUGUUGGACAGCAUAAAGUUAACUCAAAGGACAAAUAUAUUCCAAACACCUUAAAUCCUGAAUUUGGAAAAAUGUUCCAGUUGAAAUGUCUUCUGCCAAUUGAAAAAGAUCUUCACGUUAUUAUCAAAGAUUAUGAUGCUGUCGGUGCAGAUGAUAUCAUUGGACAAACAUAUAUUGAUUUAGAGAAUAGACGUCUGACAAAAUAUCGUGCUACAUGUGGUCUACCACAAUCUUAUUGUAUAUCUGGACCAAAUCAAUGGAGAGAUUCAAAACUGCCUAGUGAAAUUCUAUUAGCUGUAUGCGAUAGUUAUGCACUGCCAGCACCACAAUAUGAAGAACCGACAGAAAUUAAACCAAGUCCAAGUUGUCGUGUUGGUCAACGUGUAUUUGUACUAGAAGAUUUUGAACGUGGUAUGGUACCUAAUCCACAUUUAGGUCCACCAAAAGAACGUUUAGCUUUGCAUAUUUUAAAUAAACUUCCAUUGGUUAAAGAACAUGUUGAAACAAGAAUGCUGUAUAGUCCACUUCAGCCUAAUAUUGAACAAGGUAAAUUACAAAUGUGGGUUGAUAUCUUUCCCACUGUAUUGGGUGACCCUGGUCCACCGUUUGAUAUUUCACCAAGACAACCAAAUGAAUAUGUAUUACGCUUAGUUGUAUGGAAUACAUUCGAUGUUGUAUUAGAUGAGAAAUCUAUAACUGGUGAACGAAUGUCUGAUAUCUAUGUAAAGGGAUGGAUAGCUGGUUUAGAUGAUCGUCAAAAAACUGAUGUUCAUUAUCGAUCAUUGAAUGGUGAAGGAAAUUUCAAUUGGCGUUUUGUAUUUCCAUUUUUCUAUCUACCAGCUGAAAAUAAUAUAGUUAUUAAGCGUAAGGAACAUUUUUGGUCAAUGGAUGUUACUGAACAACGUGUACGACCACAAUUAGUUUUACAAAUCUGGGAUAAUGAUCUUUUCUCACCAGAUGACUUUUUAGGCACAUUAGAAUUAAAUCUGUCAAAUUUGCCUAGUCCGGCUAAAUCACGUAGUAAAUGUGCGCUGAAUAUGUUACAAUCGGUAGGGAAUGAAACCAAAAUGGUGAAUUUAUUUGAAUGUAAACGAUUGAAUGGAUUUUGGCCAUUUAUUAAUGAAGAAAGCGGUACACCUCUACUUACU